GGAAAGCGGUGGCAACAUGGCGUAUCGUACAAGGUAUUUUACAAAAACCAAAACAGUCUUAUGUUGUAAAUCAUACACUCUCUUUCGUUCUUCUCAAACACCUAAUUAAAGAGCACAAUCGGUUUAAGUAUUUGUUGAAAAGAAAUUGCCUUCCUUUCGCUUGUAUGAAUUUCAACCUUUUUCUAAUUCGAUGCAGAACCAUGGAUGAAGUCAACAAGCUUGCGGAUGCUGCAGGUCUCGUCAACAGAAAAGGCCUUGUGCAAGUGCUACAGUUCUCUAUGAACCCUAGCAAUGAUGAAUACAAACUCUUAGAACUGCCCCCUAACAUACUGGAGUCUCUCAAUACUGGAGACAAGUAAGUUUGUAUGAUGCAAGAGCAUACAAUAUCAGUGGGAUUAAAAGCCUGUCUGCAUGUUGUAACCAGACAUUAGAUCUCUAUCUUUCGCUUGUAUAGUUUGGAGUUUCCCUGUGUAGGUCAUGUGAUAAUACUCCAGAGAACUGUUUCUUUCAAAUAACGUCUUAUUCAUGUAUGCAUAGCUUAUGAAAUGACAAACGGGCAAACUGCCCCCCCGAGACCUUCAUUGGGAAAACAAUAAAUACAAGCUAAAGAGGUUUAAUUGUUGUUUAUAUACCUGCCAACUUUUUCAAAGUCAAAUGCGCAUUAUUUUUGUAUCCAUAAUACCCGAAUCGCUGAAAAAAUCUGAGGAGUUCCAGUCCUGGGGGGGCACUUGGGUAUUUUUUGGGUGGGUGUGUGCCGCCCGGGACUCCAAAUUGGCACCCCAUUCAAAAAAAAAUGUCCCCUAAAAUUGUACCCUGUUCUAGAAAUGGGCCAAUUUUUUAUACCCCGCUCUAGAAUUCACCCUAAAACUGAUACCCCGUUCUAGAAAUGGGCCAAUUUUUUAUACUCCGUUCUAGAAAGUUUGUGAAUUGAAAUAGCCCUGUUUUUUUAAAAAGAUAUUUCUUUAUUCUUUUGACUUAUACAUCAAAUAAAUGCUUCUUCAUAAUCAGCAACAAGAUAGAACAAGCAGAAGACGAACAAGCAGAAGAUAAAGCCGUGAUCCACAAUUUUUUUCCCCCGUUCUAGAAAACGCCUCUGAAAUGGAUACCCUGUUCUAAAUCACAAGCUUCAAAAUCAAGACCCCGUUGGGUGGCACAUACCCGUAUAGGUAAUAUAUGGGAUAUAAUAUAUGGGGCUUCCAGUUCAGUUUUGAAGAUGUUCCAACAGUUCUGAACAUUACCAAAACGUCCCAAAGAUGUUUUGAUGAUUUCCAAAGGUUACCAAGUGUAUUGGUGUGCGGCACCUUCUUGUUGAGAUCAUGCAUAUACCUUUUAAAUCGCACAUAUAGGUAACUGAUAUCACCUACUUAAUAUUACUUUUCACAUUUUUUUUUCGAAAGAACAUUUGAACAAGUUACGACUCCUGAGCUUUUCCUGGUUAAGUAAACUACGACUAUGACUAUGACUAAUAAUUGUUAUUGUUGGUGGACAAGUAGACCUUGUUUUAUUCUUUGCUUUUUAUUUCCAUGAUGCUUUAUAUAAAUUUGUGAUGGUUUCCAUAGCCAACAGUCUUAUAUCCUGGGGGGGAUGUACUCCCUUAUAUGCCCUAUACAGAGAUGUGCCACUUUUUAAUUACAGGGUAAACAUUGUUUCCUCUCUGUCCUAAACAGGGUAUAUAAUUUUGGGUGAGCCUAUCCUAAACAGAGUACAUGAUUUUGCACGCGUCUGUCCUAAUUAAAAACAGGGUAUUGCCUGUACAAUUGAUUUGAUUUGCUUGAUGGAAGUUGUUUAUACUGCAAGUAUACAAAAGCAAUGACUAUAACAUGAAUUUGUUCUAUUUCAUUUGCCAAUAAAUGGCUUUAAAACAAGACAGAGUGCAUUUUGUCCUUUGUCCUUUGUCCUGAACAGGGUAUGCAUUUUAGGAAUUUUUUCGUCCUAAACAGAGUCAGGGUUGCAAACCCUCAGUGGCUCACCUAUACCCAAAUGAUUGUAAUUGAUUACAGACCACAAUAGUCAUGGACGAUGGUCAUGUGAUGCAUUCGUGAUGGCUGUCAGGUUUUGUCCUUCACAGCUUUUGACCUUCACAAGUUUUACUAAAGCCCACUUUACACACAUGUUGGCCUACAAGGGAAUCUGUCAAAUACCUGAAUUACUCCUGUUAGGUGAUGGAGUUAUUGUCUUUAUAAGACUUAAAAUAAAUGUGCAUAAUGACAUGAAAUGGACAGGUGAUUACCAAAUAUGUAACAGUAAAUUUAGAAACAAAUGAAAUUGCAGUGUGACUAUCAGAGGUGAUCACCAAGAUGAGGCUGUUUUGUGCACAGAGAAAGCAACAUUUGACUUGAAAAUGGCUGAUACUUCAAAUUCUCUUCUUCUUGUUCCUGAAUGCAUCUUGUUCAAAGAUGAAGGUCAGUGGAUGAAUUAAUGUUAUUUUAAUUGCUACAAUCAACAAUGCACAUGACGUAAUGCAUUUGAGGCAGUGGUUCAAGUGCCAGACCUUCCAGUCUGGAGACCAAGGGUCCUACCCCAAUCCCUAGCUGGAUUUGUUUCUCAGAAAUGCCAAAGUUUAAUUAAAAAUAAUUAAACAUAACAAGGAAGAAUCCCCACUGCCUGGGGAUGACUAACUAUGAAUUUAGCUAAUAUAAAGAAAUACUCAAAGGAAAUACUUUAACAAGAAACUAGUGUUUUAUGAUUUGUUUUGGUUAUUUGCUUGGCCCCCCCACUUGCCCUUAAGUUGUGCUAUAAAUACUGAUGAAGAAACCAUAUAAUAAAUAUAUAGAAACCAUAAAAUAAUAUGGUUUCUUCAGUGGUAUUUAUAGGGCAACUAAAGGGCAAAUGGAGGGCCAAGCAAACAACUCAAACAAAUCAUAAAACAGUAAUUUCUCUUUAACGUUUUUUUUCUCUUUGUCUAAUUUAUUGUUUGUGGCAAAUAAAUAAAUCUUAGACAAGAUCCUUUUUCUGCAGAAUUCCAAUCUGAAGUCUCGCCACUGGUGUUCAGGGAGGUAAGUUUUAUUUACUACGUAUAAAUAUUUCUACUGAACAAAAUGAAUGAACUUUUGACAAGGAGCUUAAUCCUUAGCUAAAUGUGUCACUACUAAAUAGAGAUGGUUGUUGACAGGAGAGGCUAAGACUGCUGUUGAUGACAACGUAGAGAAAAUACAAUAUUAUUUUCUUGGAGCUUUGCCAAUUUUCCGUUUUUAAAAUACUUGUAACAGGGUUCAAUCCUGGACGUAAUCGUAUUCAAUGUCUUACUAGCUACAGGGUUCUCAAUAGAUUUUUAAGUAGGAGGUGAUCACUGAUAAAGUAGGAGGCUCUUCAGCAAAGCCAGAGGUGUCAAAACAAAGCAAAGAAAAGCGACUUAAACACAAAGUCCAAAUAAACCCUGUAGCUAAUAAACAGAAUAAAUCCAAAUAAAUCAUUUUUUUUUUCAUCAGGUUUCCAGUUGUCAUACAACAUACUUUGAGGUUAAACAUAGCAGACCGCGUCUGGAGAAGCUGAAGUAUCUUCUCUCUGAAAACUUGUACAAAGGACCAGAGAAUGAAACAAAUCUUGAGGACAUAGCAGAGGAAAACAUUACAAACAGAAAUACCCUGGUGUGUUACUUCAUGUGUCAGUAAAAGACCACUGAGACAUUCUUUAAAGUACUUUUGUACAUACAGUCAACUCUCACCUUGGACACCCUGCUAUAAUGGACACCCCAAUAAUACAGACAGCAGCUUAAAUCCCAGGCAAAAAUAGAUAGCCAACGUUUGACUGAUAUAAACUCCCGCCAUUACAGAUUCUUGCUAAUGAGAACAUUAACUUGAGGUCCCUACAGUGUCUGCUGUGAGGGGAGUUGACUGUAAUAUUUGCUGCAGUUGAUUUCUACAACAACAUGAUACAUUUAUUGUGAUGUGCAGCAUGAUUACUUAUGAACUUUUGUCAGCCUACACAUUAUUUUAAUGCAUCUCUUUAUGACUCAAGAUCUGUUCUCUGUGGAGUACUCUGUCCCUAGAAUACAUUGUUGACAGGACAAAUAACAUUUUUAUAGAUCUCAAAAGUGAUACAUGUACAGCGUGUACGUUUUCCAACAUUUAGAGAAUUUGGGUAUGUUAUUGGGCAUUGCAUGCAACACCUCAGUCAGCAAAUCAGUUGAUAUUAAUAUUGGAUAUAUGUGGAUCUGAUUGUAGGGCACCCUCAAAAUAUAAUUAAAAAGUGCAGAAAAUGCAAAGGCAAGUGGGCUCCCAAAUAACCCUUGUUAGUAUAAUUAUAUUUAUAUAUAAUGUUUCUUUCUUUUUCAGUACACCCUUUCAGACUUACUUUCCAAAGUUCAGGCAAGUAAAGCUGAGCUUAUUGAUGCAUUAAUGAAAAUGGAGGCUCUAGAAAUUGAUGGUGAGUUUAUUUCACCCAAGUUUAAGUAGAUUCCUUUUACUUACAUGACCCUACUAUACUGAACAGCAUGCAUAGUCAUCACUAAGUUUUAUCACAAAAGAACAACAUCAUUGAGUAGGGUGACAGAGUUCAAUCCUUUUGAAAGAAUUUAAAACAAAUCUCUUCACUUUGGUUGUCAUGGCAACAUCACAGGUCAUGACAAAACUACAUACUGAAAAGGCUUGAUUUUUUGCCUCUCCCCCCAAAUUAGUGGCCCAUUUGCGCUCAGAAAAUGAAAUAAGUACCCAGUCACUUAUUCAAUUCAUUUACUGUAUUAAAUACAAAUUUUGUCCAAAUGUUUGAGGAAAAAUGAACCACAAGUAAUUUAAACCUUGCCUAUUAUAAGUGCUCCAAUUAAAUACAGCUGGCAAAAAAAUUUAAAAAUGUUCAUGGUUAAGUGAACAGUGAACUGUCGUACAUUAUUGUUUCACGUUUCACUUGUUAGGUCACUGGCGCCUUCUAGAUGCUGACUACAAGGAGCAUGUGGUGGUAAGGAUUCUUUCUUUACUGGAAGAGAAAGACUGGAGUUAUGAGGCAAUACCAGCAAAAGAAUGUUGUGAUAUUUUGGAGGAACUUGAACCAAGGUACAAGAGAUAACAGUCUAUUUUAUUAUGAAGCAGCAGAGUUAUUGCUCCCUUUCUGCCUAAAACUGCUAGUAAUGAAGCAUGAUGUGGUCUCUGUCUUAUCUGUUUUUCUUUCCCCAUACUGAUCUUUUCUACAGUGAAGAAAAUAGAUGAAAGUGAAAUUACUUCCUGACUUUCAUUUUUUUUUCUUUCAGAAAUAUUCUUGAGCAUUGUCUCAAUUGCUAUGGCGAAAUAACAGACAUGGAUUCAGACACAGGUUAAUAAUUUUAUUACCCCAUAGUUUUAACUACUGUUUAAAAAAGGAGCAGGAGUGUAUUAUCAGGUUUUUUAACUUGAGGCAAAGCCGAGAAUUUUUUACACCUGAUAAUAUAUGAUUGUGGGUUUUUUAACAGCCUCAAAAUCUCUGAUAUAGAUCAACUCAUUCUUGCACUAAUAUUUAGAUUUGGGGUUAUUUUGGUGUAAAAAAUUGGACUUUAAGUUUAGCCAUGUCUUUAUCAGAUCUUAAGACACUCAUUAAACAUUAGUUUCUUUUGUUUUUGUUUAUAAAUUAUUAGUAAGUUUUGGAAGUUCACUCAAACAAAGGUAAAUGUUGUUCAAGCCCAUUAGUGAAUGACCAACCAAUUUACUAUUUCUGAUAAACUAGGCAAAAACUAUUUAAUUAGUCUUAAAAUGUAAAAUCUGUGACUUUGUGGACAAUACAAAAGGUCAAGAUUCUGAGGUGAAUGGGACAGGGCAGGUUAACAUUGUGCACAAAAUAUCUGUUCACUGGUUUCCUUUAUGCUGUUUCUUAAUUCUCUUAUUAGGUGAAGGCACUGUUCACUACAGAUUCUUAGAAGACAAGAUAUGUAGAUUUUAUGCUGAGUAUCUUUUAAGACAAGCAGGGAGGGUAAGAACUGAUAAUGCUUAUUGACCUUGUUUAAGGUGAUUGGGAGAUUCUACAAGUAUAAAGUGACAGUGUAUUUAUAAUAAACAUUUAAUGAACCAGUCCUGACACUUUUUUGUAGUUUAAUUACCAUGAAUUUAUGGAGUCUUGGCUGCAAAGUGUUCCAGAAGGAAUGAGCACAAAAUCUGAACAUCUGUCAGUAAGUAGUCUCCUUUGUUAUGUCCCAUGGUGUGUGUCCACUUGCAUAGUGUGGGUUCACAGUUGCAGUUCUUUGAGCAGUUGAUUACCCUAAUAAUACAUUUUAGUCAAAUCCUUCUAGACUAAAAUACACUGAAACCUCCUCUAAAGUACACCUUCUUUCAGCCCACUAAGGGCCUGUUUAUAUGAGGUGAGCCAGUCUGGUUAGCCGGACUGACCUGCUUCACCAGGAUGGCUCAACUUGUCCUUAAUUUCUCAUAAAUUUGUUUGGCCGAUUUAGCAACAGAACGGGAACGUCAGUUGACAACGGCACGUGCAAAACAAACAACUGGCUUGACCAAUGGCAGAGUGGCAAAUUGGGCACCGAAAGUUGAAUUUAGUCCUUUCUGCACACUUUCCCAUCAUCAACUGACGUUCCCCUUCUGUUGCUAAAUCAGCCUAUUGUGUUUACAUGAGUAGGCAGGUUAGCCUGCUUGCUGAGAUCCCAGUUGCUAAAGCCCAGGUUUCUGUAUGUUGGCCAGCCAGCCCUCUCAUAUAAACACAACAAAAAUUUUAAGAAUAAACAAGCCAUGAGUCAUUACAUUAAGCCUUACCGGUAAAACAGGCACGUCCAGCUAACCAAGCUGGCUAACAACAUAUAAACAGGCCUUAAGACAUAGUCCUACUGACAUUCAAAUAGUACAGUUUUUACCUCCCUCAAGUGUAUAAAUUGAUGCUUUUUCUUGCCCCAAAGGAUUUCCAAUUAUGGGAGGUCAAAAAUAUAUGCAAGGUCAUUAAAAUUGCUCUCUCUUUUACAUUUAGGGUAUAGCUUUGACCGACAUGAAGAGUAUUCCUCCUGUCAUUUGGCACUUCCCUGCAUCAGAACUCUCUGAUGAUCCAGCACUGAGGUGGGUGGGUAGAGACUGCUCUCAUAUAGAGCAUAGAGUAUUUUCUCAAGACUGAUAACCUUAAGUUACCGGUACCUUAAGUCUUAAUUAGUGGCCUUAGCUCCCUUGAGUCUCCUGUAGCUUAGUGUGGUAGAGCAUCUGAACUUGAGGGCUUGUUUAUAUGUAGCUUAUCCAGCUAGUUUACAGGCACUCCACUUAAACACCUUGAAACAAAUAAUUCAAAUACAACAUAAAAGGAUUAAAAACCCCAACUGGCAUGGCCAAGGAUUUGAACUUGGGACGACCAAGAACAAAUCCAGUAAGUGGCCAGAGCGGGACUCGAACCCAGGACCACCAGAUUGUGAGUCCAGUGUGCUGACCACUCAGCCACACUGCUUCCAUUAAAUCUUGUAACCAGAAGGUCAUAGGUUUGACUCCUUUGAGUGUAAAGGACCCUCCCCCCACUGCCAUUUUAAAUUUCAGUUUCAUCGGUUACACAACUAGUAGGUAAGAAUUGAAAAACAUCUUACUUCAGGUUCUGUUUCAUAGGAAUGACCUUUAAUCAUUAAUAAUUUUUUGUUUCAUUCUAAACAGAUUUAUGAAACUGUUUAAAGUGCAACCCAAGUGGACACUUGAAGAAAUAGAGCCAUAUAUAAGGUUAGAGUCAAACCUCAAGGAAUAUUUUUAAUUUUGAUUAUUUGUAAUUCAUUGUUUAUAUUAAUAUUGAUAAUGAUGCAUUUUGUAGUUGGACUUCUCAUUCCCUUUAGUCUUAAGAAAUGUUUUCUGUGAAUACAGUCAAACUUCCAAUUGUGACCACCUCUUGUAAGUUAGCCUGCGAGCAAGCUCUCCUAUUUGGGCGAGUGAAACGAGGAGAGCUUGCUUGCUGGCUACUAAGUGAUCAUAGAUCUCCCAUAAGCCACCAUCAACCCAAAACAACAAAACUACCCCAGUCAAAUCACUACAAUUAUUAUUGAAACCUCUCAUAAAUGACCACCUAUCUGAAGCGACCACAAUCACUUUUUUGUAUGACAGUUGUGGAAUUUUUCAUUGAUUUUAUCCUCCUGUAAGCAACUGCCUGAGACAUGUAUGAUCUCUAAUAAUGUUCGCUGUAUAUUAUACUACACAACUUAGUACACAAAGAACCUGUAGUGUCAACAUGGAACUACAUAUAUGAUCAAUCAGAAAUUGUAUGCAAUGAAUUCUUUUUGGAUGCAAACCCCUGUGGUUUGAUUCCCGUAAGUAACCACUAAAUCUUUGCAUUUUGGGUGGCUACUUACCCAAACUUUGACUGUCUGAUUUUUUUUCUCACUUGAUAUUUUCAGUUUGCAGUACACUGUUCCUAUGACCAUAUUAUUUUCCAUCAUUUCUAUUCAGAAAUCUAGUAGCACCUGGGCAGUCACUGAAUGCUCUUCUUAUGAAGUUUGCUCGAUCAUCAAAAGACGCAACAGGAGUCAAGGUCUAUAACUCCAAGAAACCAACAUAACAAGCUUUCUACUGAACAGUUAAGCUCAAGUCAAACUCACAAGGUUACCUAGCCUCCAAUCCAUAAUCAACACAAGGACAUUUAGUAGUUUGUUGGUGUGUUCACCAAAUGACAAAAACUAUAUUCAUUUGAAUGUCACCACACCAUGAACAAAUCCGCUAACCACAACAGUUCCUGCACCAUGUGGAAGAUAUUACUGAGUUUGGUUAGUCACACCAGUGGAUUGAACUCAUAUUCAUUCUAAAUGUCUCCCUCAAACCAAGAAUGCUGCUCCAUGUUACAACACAUGUCCAACAUACAAUAUUUUUUUCAUGACAGAGAAGUGGUACAGCUCAAGCUGCUGACGAAAUUAUCAAUGGUAGAUCAGGAUUCUGCCCUUGGUAAAUAAAUAUAUAUGACUAAGACUUCGCUUCCAAAGUGGAACAUUAUUAAACUCCAUUUGGAUACAGAUUCAAAUUUAUGUAGUAUGGAAGAAAGAUGUAUUAGUAGCGAGCAGAACAGAGGUUAUUUUUUAUGUGUUUUCACAGGCAAGUGCGAAUUGUGAGGGAGGCAUGAAGCUUAAGUCUAAUGUGAAGGGAUAGGCAAGAAAAAAAAAUGCUUUCUUUAAAAUUAAAAA